GGCCGAAAAAACGAGGAAGUCCUCCUUUAUAACAAAAACCUCAACACUCUCACCAUUUGAAUUCAAAAUCCCUUUUUUUCUUCCGUCUCUCAUCGAUUUAUCCCCAAAAAAAUCACUUCCUUCUUCGUCCUCACCUCACUCCUCUACACAAUUUCUCAACCCUAAUCAUUUAUUCAAAUCUUGCUCUCCUGGGUUCAUUAGCUUGUCUCAAAUUUGCCUGUGUACCGCUUUCGUUUUCGUCUCUGUGUGGAGUCAAUUCGACAUCUGGGUUUUGGAAAAGAGAGAUCUUUCUGGUGUGUAAAUGGAGGAACAGAGAGGAAUUUCCUCUGCGGUUGUGUCGGAACCUGCAUCGAAUUCUGGGAUUUCUGGCGAGAAGCGUAACGGAAAUGGAUUAGUAGAGAAAGAUGAAUUAGGGUCUAAACGUGUGAAAGUCCCAGAUCUAGCUUCUGAUGCGAAAAACAGUAAUCUGCAAUCUCAUGGAAACAGUAAAAGUGUUCAGCAACCAAAUCUUAGUAGUGAAAAGUUGUCGAAAGUAUCUGAAAUGCUUGUGGCUCCUGAUGCUGAAGGUUUAGGAAGAGUAGUUAGAGACAAGGAUGUUUUAGCUAAGGAUAUAAAACCUUCCACAGUUGUUGAGGCGAGAACAUACUUGCCUAAGGCCAAGUCUAUUUCUACAGAUGAUAAUAGAUGCGUUGUUAAUUCUGGAAAACAGGCUUUGCUUGAGAAUCAUACUGUAAAAAAUGAUAGUAGUAACUGUGAGUCACGACCAGGACAGGUUGAUGGCGUUUCAAAGAAUAGUAGCCUCUUGAAACCGAGAGAGACUACUGAAUCUGUUGGAAGUCCACGUGGAGCAGCAGAGCCUUCGGUUUCAGUUUCUGUUGGCGAAAAAGUUGGUCCUUUUCAGAUGUGUAGUAGUGCAGAGGGCUCAUUGGGUGAGUCAGAUUCGAUGCGGCGAUGGAGGGAAAUGAAGCGGAAUGGUUUUCUAUCAGGCCCUUUGGGUGGAGUUGCAGCACCUAGUUCUACAGUUGUGAGUACGCCUGUUGAAGUACCUGCGCAAAAGCAACAAAAGAAUAAGCGGAGAAGUGAUUCUCUCAAGAAGAGAAACGAUGUCCCUAGGAAGGAACAACAGCUGGUAGAUAGGUUUGCAAAUGUUACCGCGCCAAGUGGAUUGCUGACGGAAUUAAACCCAGGAAUCAUUAACCAUGUCAGAACUAAGAAACAGGUCUGCUCAAUUAUCGAAGCUUUGAUUCGAAGUGCUAAUGAUAAUGCUACUGUGGGGGAAAGGCGUACCGAUUUGAAUGUAAGAGAGUCAAUCAGACAAGAUGGGGCAUUAGCCUUUAAGUUGCCAUCCACCGGGGUACCUGAUAAUGCCAUUUCCAUUACAAAUCCGGAACAAGCCACAUCUCUUGCUGUUGAAGCUGCUACCGUAGCUUCCCAAUGGCUGGAAUUUCUUCAACAAGACCUCAGCGGACGACUUUCAGCUGUGCAGGAUAGUAGGAAUAGAGUUCAAAAUAUUUUGACUACCGAGUUACCGCUUCUCGUUUCAUCAAGAGAAUCUUCUUCUAACCAAGCAAAUACUCUUGAGAUGGCGACUUUGAAUACCUCUGGUGAUGCUUCGUCCGAUAAAGCAGCAACAGAGACGCAUCAGAAAAGGUGGUCUGCAAAAUUUGAUCAGAUAAAUAAAGCUCUUUAUGAUGAACAGAGAGAUUUGGAACGUUCGCUAAACCAAGUGAAGGAAAUGCAGUCACGAUGUAAUGAGGGUCUACGACAAAUGGAAGAGUACUCGCCUUUUAGUUCCCAAUCAUCCGAGUCAAGUUUUAGGAAAGACGGUAAUCAGGAGACUAGUAUGGCGGUUCAGGCGGCUGCAGCUUCUAUUUUUUCAACCUGCAGUUUUCUUCUGUCAAUGAUGAAGCCGCCGCCUACCGGUUCUUAAUCUUGUUAUUUUUUGUUUACCGAGUUUGUGACUAAUCACACCGCCUAUAUGUUGUCUUUAUGUUAGCACUUUUGAUGUUUAUUAUCUUUAGUGUAAAUAACAGGCGAUUGAUGGGUUUGUCCUUGUGUAUGUAACAUUAGAAGCGACCUUUUUUUUAUAUAUAUCAAUGCUACAAAGUUGGCAUUUGCUUCAA